GAAAGACGAAGAAGUUUAUAAUCGAAUCUAGAGCAAUUUCGGAAACUCCUAUUUACUAGGUCUCAAUCAUCUUCCAAGUUUCUUAGCUAUGGAGUUCCUCUGCACUUGCAAUUCCCCGCCAAAAUUCCUUCUGAAGCAAAUGUAGCUUUAAAUUGCGAAAACUAGGGUUUCUCUGGUGGUUCCUCGAUUUUUGUUCCUCUUUCCUCGCUGAUUUAUCGGAAUUUUCUGGGUUGGGAAGACAAAAUCGACUCAUUUACAUUGAGAUGAAGAAGAUUUUCGGAGGCCCAGGAACUGUGUGUGGCCUGUUACUGAGAAUCGGACAAUGUGCUUCAUCUGCGGCAUCCAUCGGCGUUAUGGUCUCUUCGACAGAUUUCUCUCUUCGCACUGCUUUUUGCUACUUGAUUGCUUCAAUGGGUCUUCAGUUGCUGUGGAGCUUUGGGCUCGCAUGUCUUGAUGUUUAUGCUCUGAGGAGCAAGAAAGAUCUCCAAAACCCGAUUUUGAUUAGCUUAUUCGUCGUUGGUGAUUGGGUGACUGCAAUGUUAUCACUUGCAGCUGCAUGUUCAUCAGCUGGAGUUGUAGUUUUAUAUGCUAAAGAUCUCAAGUAUUGCCAUGUUCAAGACCAAUUUUCAUGUCCUAGGUAUGAAAUAGCUGUAGCGCUUUCUUUCGUCACUUGGGUUCAAAUCGCCGUUUCUUCUCAUGUCACAUUUUGGAUCUUAGCCUCGGUUUAGUUCGGAAAAUAUCUCCGACUUUUUUUUUUCUUGGAAUGUUGAGAACAUCUUGUAGCUUUGAUGAUGACAACCACAUUUUGCUUCAGA